ACUUUGAAACACCCAUAUAAUCCACAUAACCGCUUUAACUCAAAUUAAGAGUUUAUAAGCCACACAAAUCCGAUGGGAUGCAGGACAGUCACUCCACAGAGAGAAUAGAGACAAGCUCAUCCAGAGUUGCUCUACCAAACUCACAGAGACAACAUGAAAGCUGUUGCAGCCUUUCUGCUGGUCCUGUACCUGGCUGUAAAUCACGCAUGGAAGUGCAAGGAGGCUCCAAGGCUGUAUGGGGUCCAACAGAUUGAUGCUGGAAUGGGACAAGUGGUUGUAGCGACAAGACACGGGCGGCCAUAUCAACUAAGUGGAAAGUACUGGUACAGUCUGGGCACAUUCAGCCUCACGCAUGUCACUGUGGGACCUGCAGGAACGUGGGGAUGUGACAGAAGCAACAAGGUGUACAAAUUUGUAGGCGGAAACUGGAAACAAAUCAAUGGUGAAUCCUUGCAUCAGGUGGAUGCUGGGGGUGAUGGUCAGGUUGUUGGAGUAGCCACCAGCAAUUACUCCUGCUGUCUGAAGGACCACGUGGCUUGUAGCUUUUAUGGCAAGGGCUCAGUGUCCUGGAUUGCACUUGCAAAGAAAGUGAAAUAUAUCAGCUGUGGGAAGAAGUAUGGAUGCUGGGCUGUCAACACGUUAAACCAGAUCUUUGUGACAAAGAAUAUCGUUCCCAGCACUUGUGCAACUGAAAGCUGGACAAAUGUGCGGGGGCCAAAAAUGACAAUGAUUGAAGUGUCAGGUGAUGGAAAGGUUUUUGGAGUGGGAAAAGAUGGCAAGGUGUACCAAAGAACUGGCAUCACCAAGUCAAAGAGAGCAGGCAAACGUUGGGUAACCAUCCCAAUGUGCAUGCCCAUCAGUCACUUGACCUACGACCUGCACCACCUUUGGGUUGUGACCACCUCUGGUUGGCUUUUGCAGUGCACACACUAAAGUCAUCAGUGUAUCCAAGCUGCCAUGCCUUCAAGAGUCAAUCUCUCUUUUCAUUUUCUGCUGUAUCUAAUCAAUAACCUUCUCUUAGAGUAUCGCUUGUCUGGGAAUCAUCAAACAUUUGUGAAAUAUAUUGUGAUUUAAUGCACAACAUUUCUUAUUUUACAAAAUAUAAGUCGACAGUUGUGCACACUUCAAAGGCAAUGAGGACAACAGUGCUAAAUGAUGUCAGGCAAUUAUGGAUAACUUCUUUCCUUGUGGUGUACUUUCUUCUACUUCAAUAAAUAAUAAUGGAAGCAAA